CGUGCGACCAAGAAGCAGAACCCACGACACAAUGCGAUCCUUCAACAGCGGAGGCGUGUGCGGCCUCAACAGCCAGGCCGGUUAUCUCUUCGAGCGCAGUCAAAACGCUUUGCGCCAACGCAGCUUUGGACGCGCCCGCGGCAUCAUGGGCACCCCUUUGAAGCGGUCCCGCGACCAAGACAGCGACACCGAUGAAGAUGCGCAACAAUACCCGUGGCGGCGACACGAACGCAGUGCGGUAAUGGACGGUUUUAAACGGAUGCGGGUCUCGUCACCUACGGACUCGCCCAAGAAGGAAGUGGACUCGGAUAUGACUGACGAGGAGGCCUCGACCCCACGAACCACCUGGCGGACCAACAGGGCUAUCGUCCCAGCAGCCCCCGAAGCUGGCAAAAAGAGACCGCUAGUGUUCUCAGCACCAGCAGCAGAGGCAGAUUUCCCGUGGAAGACAAUGCGACACGACGACUACAUGGCUGCCGAGCGGCCCAUUGAGAUCCCAGGUGACGCUUCUUGUCGCGCCAUGGUUGUGUUUAAUCCGUACCAGUCAAUGCCCUCGGCUCGUUCCCCGCGAGUCGAGCUCGUGGAAGACGACAAGCAAACAGAAACCGACGCCUCGGAGAGCGAGGACGAGCACUUUGUGCGAUUCGAAGAGCUCCCAGAAGAUAACGACGAGCCGGUGGACAUGGAUGUUGACUGAAGUGCUCAGUGUGUCAACUGAUCCAGUACCCACAAGGGCCCUAUCCUGGUAUCGCCUCGAAAUGAUAUUUUUCGCGCCGAGAAAGAAGUGCACCACCCAUAGCAAACUUAUUUAGCAGACCAUACCUUAAGAGCUCAGCUCACCAUAAAACACGAUGACAUUUCAUCAGCA